CAUAGUGGGCGAGCAUGCUCACAAAGGCAGAGGAGCGGAGCUAACAGAACAUUCCUGAGAGGGGCAGAGCUAACAGAACAUUCCUGAGAGAUCUCCUUAAAAAAACGUUUUGGUACCUUGGGCAGAAGCGCUACCCAGCAACACAAAUUUACAUUUCUGGAACAAAACAUUCUGUGGAAAAAAACAUGGAGGCAAGGGACUUGGCCAGAUAUCCAGACAUUACUGCAUCAGAGUGGCAAGGAAAUCUGGUCUGCUGUGAACUUCAGGAAGAAGAGGAAACAGUCAGUUUCAGAGAUAUCUUUCCAUGGUCAGCUGGACCCAAGGCAGAAGUGUCACAGCAGAAGAACAUGGCAGAAGAAAGCUUCUCAUCUUAUUUCAUCCAGGAAAUAGAAAGAGUGAGGAACCCAGGGAGGAAGGGAGCAGAGACCAGUCCGACCGGGAGGAGGGCAGUGUAGUCUCCUUGGUGCUACGGAGAUCUCCAACCAGGACAGUUCUCUCUCUUGGGGCCUCUCCUGUCCUGCCCUUGAGUGUCCUCGCCUCCUAGGCCUCUCGUAUCCAAUACCGUGGGGCGAGGUGAGAGCAGGCCCGGGGAGGGUGAUCAGUCGGAGGAGCUGCAGUCUCUACGAAGAUGAUAGAAGUACUGUCAACAACUGACUCCCAGAAACUGCUACACCAGCUGAAUAUCCUGUGGGAACAGGAGGCCAGAUGUCAGCCAAAGGUCUGCCGCUUGAGACUAAUUGAAUCUGCACAUGAUAAUGGCCUUAGAAUGACUGCAAGACUGAGGGACUUUGAAGUGAAAGGUCUUCUUAGUCUAACUCAGUUCUUUGGCUUUGAUACAGAGACAUUUUCUCUAGCUGUGAAUUUACUGGACAGAUUCCUGUCUAAAAUGAAAGUACAGCCCAAGCACCUUGGGUGUGAUGGACUGAAAUGCUUUUAUUUGGCUGUAAAAUCAAUAGAAGAGGAAAGAAAUGUCCCAUUGGCAACUGACUUGAUCUGAGUAAGUCAGUAUCGGUUCACGGUUUCAGACUUGAUGCGAAUGGAAAAAAUUGCAUUGGAGAAGGUGGAUUGGAAAGUCAAAAGCUACUAUUGCCUUUCAAUUUCUACAACUCUGUUAUUCACUCAUUUAAGAGAGCUUGCCAUUUGAAAGGAAAAAUAGCCUAACUUUUGAAAGACUAGAAGCUCACCUUAAGGCACCCUUCUGUGUUGGCCUUAUCUAUCAUUAGAAAUCCAAGCACAGAAAUGUGUAGAGUUAACAGAAGGAGUAGAAUGUCUUCAGAAACAUUCCAAGAUAAAUGGCAGAGACCUGACCUUCUGGCAAGAGCUUGUAUCCAAGUGUUGAACUAAAUAUUCAUCAAACAAGUGUUCCAAACUGAAUGUUCAGAAGUUGAAGUGGAUUGUUUCUGGGCUUACUGCAUGGCAACUGAAGUAUAGCUACUAUAGAAUAACUCACCUUCCAACAAUUCCUGAAACAAUUUCUUAAUUAGUAACUUUGGUUGUUA